UCGAUCACAUUAAACAGUGUCAGAAAUAAUAUGCAGUUUUUCCCACGGCAUUUUAGUUUAAUAAUGUUCAAACACAUGGACGUGCCGGAUAUCCUUGUCUUUCCCUAUUUGGAACAAACCCAUUUAACCAGAACAUCCAGUGAUCAUUUACAUAUCUCAACUGUUCUCGUUGGCACGUACAUAUAUAUAUAUCCUCCUUCAAAUUGGAGAGGAAAAUGGAAAAGAAGAGAUAGACGGGAGGAAACGCGCGCAGCCGGGGAAAGUGCAGACGCGGAGGCGCGCGUAACGUCAGUGCUGCAACACGGCGACGCCUACGGUGAAAUGCGGCGCGCCAGACACCGGUACGGUUCACUUACAUCUGCGCGGAAUAACCGGAAUAAGCGACUGCUCCCUCUGCUCGUGAAGUAAAAGAAGUUUAUCUCCAUAAUCCUGGAUUCCUGGAUAACAAUACGUUAACUCUGCCUUUUUCACGCAACUUGCAUGGCUCAGUGCAGGCCCUCGACCCAGAGCUAGCAUGUCCUUGAUGCAGAGCCUGAAGAAGUCUCCCGCCGUGCUUCGGCGCCGACUGCGCCGCGACAGGACCGAGGACCUGUCGCAUGGCGACCCUCUCUUCAAGCUGCAGUACUUGGGCUCGGAGAACAUCUACUCCCUGGACCUGGAGCAGGCCCGGGACGCCAUCGGCCGGCUGCUGGAGGGCGCCCCCAGCAGGCCGGGUAAAGAGCACGCGCUGGUGGUGCGGCCGCGGUAUGUGGAGGUGAAGGAGCUCAGCACGGGCCGGCAGCUGUCCAAGACGUUCCUGCAGGACAUCGCGUACUGCGCCGCCGACACCGUGCACCCCAAUGUCUUCCUCUACAUCUGCAAGCAGCGCAACCGGCAGCUGCAGUGCCGCGUGUUCUGGUGCAGCCGGGUCGAGCGGGCCAAGGAACUCACUGCCUGCCUGGCCACCGCCUUUCAAAGGGCACUCAAUGACUGGCAGGGCGAUUCCUCCAAUCGGACGCAAGGGGAGGGCCCUGCCAGUGGUGGCUUCCCGGGUCUGUCGAAUCAGGAGUCCAGGAGUGCCACACUGCUGACACACCUGGCCAAAGGUGGGUCAGUGGAGGAGGCGGAGCCUGGUUUCCUGCUAUCCAGUGAGAGUGAGCCAGAAGAGGGGCAUCCUGUCUGACAGCUUAUCAAAUAUUGCAGACCCCUCUACCCCCACCCCAGGGACUACUGGACCCAACAGGACCCUUACAUUUCUCUCUUGCGUCAAGAAAAAGGAGUGAUUAGGUUUUUCUUUUUUUUUUGAAGGGAGGUUGCCGAGAAAAGAGAGAUAAGUGAUCUGGAUGGUAUGGACACAUUCUUUCUGGUUAGUUUCCUGUUUAAAGGACGGGAGCUGAACCCUGAAGCUUGUAGAUUCACUUUACGGAACAGGCAUACCCCCCCCCCCCCCCACUGUGGGUAUUUACGACAUUUUCAUCUGUGUAGGUCCAGACAAAUUGGGAAAAAAAUAGUGUUCUCUGAAGUACCCAGAAGAAAACUUUUUGCUGAUGUUCAGUGACUGUCCGGGGAGCAUCGCUGCUGCGGAUUAAGUGGUUGGGGGUUGGGGUGGGAUCGGGCGUCAGGGUGAUCUCCUGGGGAGUUCUCAGAGGCGUGAGGCUCAAAGACGGGACUUCACGCCGACUCGAGCGAUCCCAGCUGACAUGCUGCAAGGAAACCUCAAAAUGAAGAGAUAAGGAGGAACGAGGCAUUACAGGAAGCCUGGCUGGUGCAUUGUGGGUAAACUGAAGCCUAAUGUGGUGAGGUGAAAUCUCACUCUGGGAGGAGAAGUGGUUUGACAGCCUGUGGGUAUCGUUACCGUCGGGCACAGACUGCUUUCAGGCACUUAACUCGUUUUAUAUUGGGCCACAUUCUUUAGAUGUUGGUGUUUUUCCGAUCACGCGUUUUAAAAAUGUAACUGGCUGAACUGUAAAUUGAGUUGUCACCUGAAAUUAAAUCCUCGAUUUAA